AUGGACGACUUGUUGAAGCUACCUUAUUGGAGAUGCAAGCCUUACGUUCGACCGAAGCCUUCGGAAACAACAGAACAAAACUCAAGAAAGCGUAACUCGGGCAUGAUCGAGGAAAAUUUGAAAAGAAAGAAACAUAAAGAACAGAAAAAAGCGAAGUUUCAAGAGAAAAUGGCAAAAGAGGGAGUGAAGCCAAAAUACGAGAUGUGCGUCAAGUGCCCUGGAAAUCCGCGCGGUUUAAAAUGUGGAUUUUUAUUUUGCAAAGCCUGUUGUAGGAAACGAUUAGAGUACGACGAUACAGAUUGCCCCGGUCACAGAAUUUACGGCAAAGCAUCGCGAGAAGCUCAUUUGAAAGAACGAAAACUGAGAGAAGCUGUUCAAGUCGAAAGCGCUGCAUAA